UCUAUAAUAAUAUUCACUUCACUAUUUACGGCUCUGUUCGCCUUCUGUCGGUUUUUGACAGUGGAGGCGUUUCGAUACUGUACUGUGCCGAUCGCGAAACAGACAUGAGAUGACGUGGUUAUUCUGUUAGAUCUGACUUUACUGCCAAUAAUGAACAAGGGACUUCAGUUUAACUAAAUGCUUCCUUCUUUAUUUUAAGCUAAAACUUGGUUUAGAUCUGACCUGGCUGGAUUUGGUGUAUUUUGUAUUUACUAUCAACGGCGUUGCACAGAAAGGAUUUCAGUGGUUAAUAUAACGUGAUUCCCAUCCGCAUAACUAAGUAACUUGCACAGUGUGUUUGGGCUUGUGGCAGAUGGGCAGGGGUAGGUGUGUCCGUGUUGUUAUACUACAUUGUUUUAGAUAUCCUGACAGUCUUGGAGACAUCAUCUAACAUCGGGAUCUGGUUGCACGAGAUAUUGAUUGUCUUGUUUCGCAGUGUUUCUGCCUCCCCCCUACACACACACACACCUCACGGAAAUAUGGUUUUUAGUUAGUAGCUUUCCACAGCCUAGUUUACGAGUGCAAGUUUGUACCUGCGUGCUAUCUGUCUGGAGCCAGGGAUGGAUGAUUUUAGGCAUCAUGACAGGAAAACGGAACAAUGUCGUAGUUAUAGUAUUUUGAAUGGUUAACAUAUACAAUGUUGCAGCAUUAGAAUAUAUUUGUUUGCUAAGCUUCCAUGCAAGAAGUCUGAUUUAAAAAAAUCAAAAUAAAAUAAAGUAGAUUUGAAGUGUAGUUAAGUGUCUGAAAGUAGUACCUUUCAAUCUCUUCAUCUGUGAAUUUGAUUUGAAAAGUGAAUAACCGAAGAAAAAAAAGAAUCAUUUUUAACAAUUGGAAAAUACUAAAGCAAUAGUCGUAGGUGGGUUGUAGCCUCUGUUGACCGCGGAGAAGAAGCCUGUGUACUUGUGUACAUGAUUCAUUUGGUGUCGAGUGGUAUCCUGAGACUCGGCAUUGAGUCAAAGUUGAUUAGUGCUCGUUCCAAUGUGUUAUUGAACGGGCUGGCUAUUCCACGUGAAGAAACUGUCCUUUUAAAAACAUUUAUUACAAUGGUUUGGACGGGGGGGGACAUGACGUGGUAGUAAAUUAGGAUACCCGUUAAAAAGCAGACUGCAGCCUAAACAAACCAACUUUGACAAGUGUUCUCAAAAUAUGCUCAAGUCUUGUUGUGCGUUGCAAAUGACUUUGUGUUAUUGCCAGAACACCGCGUUUCCUAACCUCGGUCCUGGGGACAUCCCUGUGUGCACGUUUUUAUCUUUGCCCUAAAACUAAUAAAAACGUGAUGAUUCAUGAGAUGAUUUGAAUGAACUGGGUAGUGCUAGGAAAAACCCCAAACUUGCACCCAUUGGGAUCCCCAGGACCGAGUUUGGGAAACACUGCCAUAUAACGUGUUCUCUUGCGCCUGACUACCCGCUAUUUAUAUUGCGGAAGAGCACACGCAUACAUUUCUAGGCUAGUUUAAUAUAUUGAUGACAUCUUGUGGUGAAUCAUAUUUAAAUAUUCAUGGAGCGGUUUGCCCUGUAAUCUACUUUUAGAUUGCAUUAAAUAUUUAAGUGUAGUUGUGUUAUUAUUGUUAAUAAUAGUUUAAUCAUUCUGUCUUCUGUCAGUGCACAGUAAAGUUAAAUCUGGCAACUUUUGUCUGUCGCAUUCAUACAAAACUUGACAUGCUAAAACAAAAACAAAAAAGUUUCUCUCCAUCUCAGAUUAUGUGUGAAUAAAUAGUGGUACGGUAGUUCUUCUUUAAUUAACGAGAUCGCCGGGAAAAUGUAACUCUGGAGUGUGCUGUUGAUUCGGAUGGAAAAUGACUUCGAAUCCCGAUACAGAAUGUUCAAUACGUCAGAAUAGUGCCCCGAUGAUGGCACACACGUUAUCAUUUAAAAGACGCACCGCUUUAUCAUUUGCCGUAGCCGGUGUGUCAACCAGACAGGUGUGUGGUGUAGUAUACUGUACUCUUGGGAAAAAGUUUCCAACACCUGGCGUCUUGUAUUUCUCUACUUUAUCAUGUCCUGUUUCCAUGCUGGUUGUGACAGUGUUGCUAUGUGCUAUUAAAUGAUAAGCUGCCGCCUAAACCACAGGCGUUGACUGCCUAACGCAGGGCUAGACUUUCUGAAUAAGGGUGCCGGGGCUGUCAUUCAUCCUCGAACAUUCACGUUUGUGUCGCAACAAUACAGAAAUCAAGUGUUCUCCCACUUGCUGAACAGAAAAAGUUACUUGAAUGAUCCAGACUGUAUGCUGUUCAAUGGCGCUGCCUAUUGGCUGCAAACCUCUACUGCAAUCAGGGAUAUGAUGAGAAGCGACGAGGGCUAUUUCCUAUAUUAAAAUAACCAAUAUUUUUAAAAGAGCCCGAUGCACCCAGCCUUCCUGCCAUGCUUUCUCUGGUAUGUCUUAAUGUCUCAUUAAACUACUGCUUCGGGACCAGGGCUCUCCAUACCCUGUGGAUGUUGGCUCCAACCCCAGUUGUAACUAACCUGAUUUCAUUUGAUCAAUCAGAUGUGCUAGAUUAGGGUUUGUGCAAUAACCUACAGGAGGGUAACUCUCCAGGAACAGGGUUGGAGAGCCCUCCAGAUUGAACCACGUACCCCCGGUUCUCUCCUUCAAAAUAGCAGAGCUCGACAAGAUGGCUUGCGCAGCAGACAGCUGUAUCCAAUUCACGCGUCACGCCAGCGACGUGCUGCUGAACCUCAACCGGCUGCGGAGCCGGGACAUCCUCACAGAUGUCACCAUCCUGGUCAACAGACAGCAGUUCCGCGCUCACAAGACUGUCCUCAUGGCCUGCAGUGGGUUGUUCUACACUAUAUUUACGGACUCUCUGAAGUGUAACCUGAAUGCCAUCAGUCUGGACCCCAAGGUGGACCCCGAGGGGUUUGCCAUCCUCCUGGACUUCAUGUACACCUCUAGACUGACGCUGAAGGAGAGCCUGGUCAUGGCCAUCAUGAACACAGCCAUCUACCUACAGAUGGAUCACGUUGUGGACACCUGCCACAGGUUCAUCAAAUCCAGUGACCCUGGCCAGGCCAACAAGCUGCCCAGAGAUGAGUUCUUGGUCAGCCCCUUGCUGUUACCUCAGGGCGUCCAUGCAUACCGGCCCCACGAUGUGGUCGACAACCUGCCCGGCCGCGUCGGCCCCUUCAGAGACGGGAGGCCCUACGCCUCCAGCGUGUUCAACGGGGUCAAUUCCCCCAGCAACUACCACCUCUACGGUCAGUUCCCCGUCCAGGGGUUCCCUUUCCCGCUCUGCAAGCUGACAGACGCCAAAAACAACUUCGCUGACUUCUCUAAAGGCGGGAUCCACCACAAGCACUGUUCCCCCCCGGACACGGGCAGCGCCAUGAGGGUUGAUUACAGCCGAGCGGUCAGCGGGGGCUCGGCCAGCAUCCACCAUACAGCCAGCUACGCCUCCUCCAGGGAAGAGGAGAUGAGGAAGGAGAGCCAUGAGGGAGGGGUCAGCCAGACUGGUGGGGUGGGAGGCUCCAGGAAGAGAGGGUUCGCCGCGGCGGCCCACGAGCAGCAGAAGGUGAUUCUGGGUAAGGAGCACGGUCCUCAGACGACAGAGGAAGAGACGAGCCAGCAGCACUACCCUCUGGGGAUCUCCUCAGCUGGACGGAAGGGCCUGAUGAGUAGUCCUCAGAGCCCGCUCAAAUCGGACUGCCAGCCUAACUCCCCCACCGAGUCCAGCAGCAGUAAGAACGCAGGCCUCUCCCUCUCCCAGGCCGGCCUGUGUGGUGCCCUGCCCCUACAAGGCAGCCAGGAUCCCAAGGCACGCAACUGGAAGAAAUACAAGUUUAUCGUGCUCAAUCAGAGAGCCACCAAGGAGGAGGAUGUUGGGCUGCAGGAGCCGGUGGUCUGCUCCCCCCAGCGCCUGGGUUUGCCCCCCUACCUCCACCCCUCAGACUCAGAGCACCUGGACCCGCAGGCCAACACCAAGAUCAGUGAGCACGGAGAGGACCUGCCGGUUCCACAGGCCUCCCGACUCCACAUCAUCAACAGAGCUCUGGAGGGAUCACAGAGGAGCUCUAACAACCACUCCUCUCUCUACAUCAGCCACUUAAAGUGCACCUCCUGUGGCGCCCCGCCCCCGCAGCACUCUGAAGUGUGUCCCAACACCCCGGCUUCCUGUUUAGCGGAGGACAUGAUGUCAGAGUUACACUCGGAGUACUCCGACUCCAGCUGUGAAAAUGGUACGUUCUUUUGUAACGAAUGUGACUCCAAGUUUGCGGAAGACGAAACCCUGAAGCGCCACGUGCUGCAGGCCCACAGUGACAAGCCAUACAAGUGCGACCGUUGUCAGGCUGCUUUUCGCUACAAAGGAAACCUCGCCAGCCACAAGACUGUCCAUACAGGAGAGAAGCCGUAUCGCUGCAACAUCUGUGGUGCUCAGUUCAACAGACCAGCUAACCUCAAGACCCACACUCGUAUCCACUCAGGAGAAAAGCCAUACAAAUGUGAGACAUGCGGAGCUCGAUUCGUGCAGGUUGCCCAUCUCCGUGCCCAUGUGCUGAUCCACACCGGGGAGAAGCCAUACCCGUGUGAGAUCUGUGGAACGCGCUUCCGUCACCUGCAGACGCUGAAGAGUCACCUGCGCAUACACACAGGAGAAAAGCCCUAUCAUUGCGAGAAAUGCAACUUGCACUUUCGCCACAAGAGUCAGCUUCGAUUGCACCUCAGACAGAAACACGGAGCGAUUACCAACACCAAGAUCCAGUACCGCAUGUCUACCACAGAGCUGCCAACAGACCCGACCAAGGCGUGCUGAACCCGAGCAGGCAGAUAGUCUAACAGACGGGCCAAUCUUGACCACGGCAUUCAAUGACUCCCCCCCCCCCCCGACCAACGCGUACAAUCAUCCCAAAAUUGUAGUGCCACACUGUGUCGAUCAGGUGAUGGUUCAGUAACAUGGCAGUGUAUGUGUCAUUUGAAACGGGUGUCCUCUAACAUGUGAACGUAGUACCAUCUAUGGUAUCUUAGUCAAUUUUAUUGUUUCUAUAUAAAACCGUAUAGAUAUAAUUGUGCUGGGA